CAGACAGGAUAAAGUAACUAUGGGUCACUGGCCCCUUCCAAAGGCUUUUCCUCCCAGCUUGUAGGGGGUGCUUAAGGCAGCCCAGGGGUGAGGAAUGAGGCCCUGGGUGGCUGCCUGCAGCCCCCACUGGAAUCUUCCCUGCCCCUCCCUUCCAGAUUAACUGAAACCUGCUAAUUGUGGCAGCCUUCUGCAUGCUCCCCUCCCCCACCGACGAUUCGUCCCUCCUUUUGCCUCCCCUCCCCUCCCCCUUCCAUCCGAAUGAUAAAGGGUCUGGCCCGCCAGACCCGCGGGCCUCAGGCCCUCAGCCCUGCCUCACGCUACAUUGCCCCAUUGCCUUGUGCCGUCCACGGGGCCAGGCCCCUGCCCACGUUGCUUGCCUCCCCUGCAUGGGGCCCUGCAGCAACCCACGCCUGGGGCUUCCUGGGUCGGAGUCGUCAUCGCAGCCCCCCAAGAGGAGGAAGAAGAGAUACCUGCGUCAUGACAAGCCCCCCUACACCUACUUGGCCAUGAUUGCCUUGGUGAUCCAGGCCGCACCCUCCCGCAGGCUGAAGCUGGCCCAGAUCAUCCGUCAGGUCCAGGCUGCAUUCCCCUUCUUCAGGGACGACUACGAGGGCUGGAAGGAUUCCAUCCGCCACAACCUCUCCUCCAACCGAUGCUUCCGCAAGGUGCCUAAAGAUCCUGCGAAACCCCAAGCCAAGGGCAACUUCUGGGCAGUCGACGUGAGCCUGAUCCCGGCCGAGGCGCUGCGGCUGCAGAACACGGCCCUGUGCCGUCGCUGGCAGAGCAGGGGCGUGCGGGGAGCCUUCGCCAAGGACCUGGGCCCCUACGUGCUGCACGGCUGGCCCUACCGGCCGCCCAGUCCUCAGUCGCAUCCCAGUCCUCAGCCACCACCCAGUCCUCAGCAGCCGCCCAGUGAGGGCUUCAGCAUAAAGUCUCUGCUAAGGGACCCCAGGGAGGGGGUGCCACAGAGCAGUCCGGGUCACACAGGAUCUGGGCACAGUGGGGAGAAGGUGGUGCCUGCUCCACCCCUGCCCUCUGAGAGGCCUCUGUGGCCCCUCUGCCCCCUUCCCGGGUCCAAAAAAACAGAUAGGGAGACCAAUUCGCAGGGGGGAACCAGCAGGCCUUCACCCCUCUCCCCUGAGCACAGAGCCUGGCCCCUCCACUUACUGCAGGGUUCCCCAGAUGCUGGGGGACUGUCUGGUGGCAGUCACAGGGCCUCACUUUGGGGGCAGCUGCCCACCUCCUACUUGCCCAUCUACACUCCCAAUGUGGUAAUGCCCUUGGCUCGGCUACCACCCACAUCUUGUCCCCAGUGCCCACCUUCUACUAGCCCAGCCUUCUGGGGGGUGGCCCCUGAAACCCAUGCCCCGCCAGGGCUGCUCUGGGAUCUAGAUGCCCUCUUCCAGGGGGUGCCACCCAACAAGAGCAUCUACGAUGUGUGGGUUAGCCACUCCCAGGAUCCAGCUGCUUCCAGCCCAGGCUGGCUACUCUCCUGGUACAGCCUGUGAGGCCCCCCGGGGCAGGGGCUGCUUCCUUCUCCUACCCCUUCCUGCCACCAUUGGCUUGUUGGGGAACCAAGGCCAAGAGGACCCAGAGGUGUUCUGUGGCCACAGCAGCUUUGAAACACCAGGCACCAGCGAUGCUGAGAAUCCACGAUAUUUAUUGGACUACCCCACAAAGGUGGUGGUCUGGCUAGGCACCACCCUGGCCCCCAGGGUCCGUCAUGCCUCUCCUACCCCCAGAGGCAAGGCUGGAAAGAGUGGGGGCUUUGCUUGCAGUAGCCCCUUCCUGAUCCCACUUUCUCUGACCCUCUCUGUCCGUCCAUCCUUCCUUCCAUCCAUCCAUCACCAUGUGUCACUUCCUCUCCCUGGCUCCACGCUGGGGGAGGGAGAACCUAAUGGUGGCUCCAGCCUGUCCUGUCCUCCCUCAUCUGCCUGGGAAUGAGGUAGCACCUUUUUGGGGAAAAGAAAUCAAGACCCUACUUGUUUUGGGUGGUGGUAGUGGGGAAGAUAACAGUAAAGGAGUAGACAACA